AUGGCUGACGUCUUGAAGGUGGCUCAGCUGCUCCUGGUGCAGCCCAGCGACACCGCAGUGCUGGCGUUCCGCGUGGCCUGCCUGGCGGCCGGGACCGCUGCGCCCGCGUGGAUCGCGUACAAGGCGGCGCAGGCAGAGGCCAGCCCCAAGGCCAAGGACCGCGCCCUGCGGCUGGCAAUGGCGGCGGCGCUGGUGGAGCUCGGGGAGAAGGCCCUUGGGGCGCCCGUAGGCCUGCCGCGCUGGCGGUACUGGCCCUCCGCCAAGCUGGCGCUCCUGCUGUGGCUGCUGCUGGACGGCGGGAAGGGUGCCGACCAUGUGUAUGCGUUUGUGUCACGGGCUAUGGCGCCAUACGAGGCGGAGGUGGACAGUGUCGUCGACACUGCAGGACCGCUGCUCCAGCACGCUGCUGCCAGGUAG